AUGACCAAACUAUUUGCAAACAUCUUUUUCUUUCUUCUCGUCAUAUCCAUACCAUUCUACGUGUCAGCUUAUCCGACCGGAGCUGGUACAUGCGAUGUUGCAUUAAUGACUACUCAAGGUCAUGGACCAUCUCAAACGUCAGGUUUCGGUGGUUAUAGUCUCUCUACCACUAAGUCAGGGCAACAAUUUAGUUUAACGAUUCAGGGUACAUCACCAAUUAAGGGUGUUCUUCUCUACGUUCAAGAUUCAUCUGGUAAGAAAAUGGGAACAUUUACAUUUCCCAGUAACUACCAAGCAUGUUCAGGUUCCGGAUCAGCUGCGUUGACGCAUACAAGCAGUAAUAUGAAAAGUAUGCCACUUUCAUUCACUUGGACACCGCCUUCUGGGAAUCCUUCCGGAAAUAUGACCGUUAGGGGUAUUGUUGUCCAAAGCUAUCAAAAUUGGCAUCCACUACCGGAUAUGAAUUUCGAUUUGGCAAGCGGUGUUUCUAGUGUCAGUAAUAAUACCAACCUUAAUAAUGAUGGAUCUGGUUCUUCUUCAGGUUCUGGAGGAAUAGGAAAUUGUGUUACUGAAGCUAUGUUAAAAAAUCAACGUACUAAAGCAAAAUAUAAUAGAUAA